GAUAAAUACUUGAGAAAAUAGGUUAAAAAUACGGAAAUAAAAUACAAUUUCAUUUUACAUAAAUGCUAGAAAUGUUAAAGAAUCCAUAGGAGGACAAAAAAUACUUGAAAAUCCUAAAUGUGCAUACUUUUCAAAAGUUAAGAAGGGCACAAAGUUGUAUAGGGCAGUUGAUAAUGUCAAUGUCAAGCAAGUGCUGGUCACAGUGCGGAUACGAAUAUUUAACUUUCAAGUUCAACUUACAGUGACUUGCCUUGCACAUUGCACUAUCGCCAGAUUACGCGGGAAAACAUAAAUUUUAAAUCACUGAUUAUUUUAUCAAAUUAAAUUGAAACUUUUAUGAACGUUUAAUAUGUGUGGUCGAACUGGACUAUCAUUAAAUAAAGAACAACUUCGUUGUGCCUGUAGUUACAAGGAUAAGAAAAAAGAUUCUUUUAAUAAACCAGAAUGGCUACACGAGCAUAAUGACGGAAAAGAAUACGUACCUUCUUAUAACAUUGCACCAACUGAUGUUACGCCAGUCUUAAUAUCUUCUAAGAAUUAUAAAAGUAUUGAAGGCAGUAGAAUUUUAAAGCCUAUGAUGUGGGGGCUAAUACCUCCAUGGCAUAAGGGUAACUACCGCACAAAUAAUUUAAGUACAAAUAAUUGUCGAAUAGAGAACAUAAGAACAUCAAAACUUUAUAGCCCUAUUUUGUUAAAUGGAGGCAGAUGUAUAAUAAUGGUUGAGGGUUAUUACGAAUGGCAAACUACUGUUAAAAAUAAAGUUAAGCAACCUUUUUACAUGUACACUCCACAAGAAGAACACAUAAAGAUUGAUGACUGUAGCACAUGGCAAAACAGUUAUGAUGAAAAAAGUGGAUGGAAAGGCAUCAAACUAUUAUAUAUAGCUGGGCUGUAUAACAUUUGGCAAGAAAAUGAUAUCAUUAUUUAUUCAUACACUAUUAUAACUAUGGAUUCAAGCAGUAAAUUAGAAUGGUUACAUCACAGAAUGCCUGCCAUUUUAGAAACAGAAGAACAAAUAGAGGUAUCACUUAAUUUCAUAAACCAUAUUUCAAAUGAUACACAAUUUGGUGUGCAAAAUAAGAUCUGAGUAUUUUAAAGUACCUUGUAGUUUCACUGGUCUUUGUAAUACACCUAUUUUAUAGAUUAUCUAAUCAACAAAUAUCAAUUAUACAAGGAAAAUUACUUUAGUAUGCCUGUUUCUCAAACAUACCUCUGACAGACUAUACUUCCCUGUCUGAAUAAAAACAAUCCUAACUAUACAAAUUAAGACAGUCCUUAUUUAUAGCCUCACUAGUCUUGCCAGUUACUAGUUACCUUACUCUAAACAGUCGCCAUCCAUCUUUUUUAAGAUUAGUGGUCCAGGGUACAACAGAAUUUGUAUCACUUAAAUAAUUAACCACACAGAAAUUGUAAUCAUUAAAGGAAACCUGCUCCUAUUUUUCAUUAUAAUCAAAUAUUAUUAAUUGACAUAUGUUUGGAGAAUUUUAUAAAUUAUACAAAAUAAUAA